AUGUAUGUCUAAAAUAAUCCCCAUAAAAUCCACUAAAAUCGAUCUCUAUCCUUCACUCAAAACCACUCUAAAAUCAAUAAUCAUCAACUUAAUCAAUUCAUUAAGGAAUAACUGGUUGAGUUAAAAAGAAAAAGAAAUCUUCCAUCCUUAAUUUAAUAGGAAUCCGACUAUCUGAUGGACGAGAUAAAUAAAAUAAAUAAUAUCUAUAAGAUUCCAAAUCUAAAAACCAAAGUUGUAAUACCAAAGAUCAUUCUAUUGCAAAAUUCCAAAUAGUUUUCUGUCACUAAAUUAAAACCUUCAACUAUACUCUCAGAAAAUAGAACUUAUAGAGUACGCACACAUUCAAAACCAAUCAUUAAAAUAAACAAUGUCAUCAUAAAGAAUGAAAAUCCCUGCCAAUCUUGA